AUGCAUCGAUUUCUCGGCAAGAAGAAUGGCGAUGGGGCCUCUAGCCCGCUAUCACCGCCCACACCAAGCACCAAGAAAUGGAAGAAGAACAAGAAAGAAGUUGUCGAGGAGAAACCACAACUUGACCUAAAUUCUGCUCUGCCGUCAAUCGACGACUUCCGCACCAGUCUCAUCAUGCCCAACCUCUCGACCAGAUUCAGUAUGCUCAGAGAGCAAGAUGACCCAAACUCGUUGCUCGGAAAGGCUUCGGAUGAUAGUGUCCUCCAACCUCAACGCAACUCUCGCCUACUCGACUUUGGCUUCUCGUCCAGUAAUCUCAACGACAUCGCCGAGGUUGCUUCGAUCAACAGCUCUAUCCGCCCACCCUUCGCUCUUGACCGAACUGGCUCAUUUGCAUCCGAGGAGGGUUAUGGAACCGACAACAAUUCCAAUCCAGAUGGCAGUGUCAUGAGUCGUGCUCGCCCUGGAGAAGGUAAUGUGCUGUUCGGUGGUCGUCAGAAGGUCUACAAGAUUGCCACAGGUUCCGCAAAAAGCAUAGGAGGCAACAGCGAACGUGGUAUGGGAAGGAUGGUCUACGACGAUGACCUGAACAUGUCGGCUUUCCAGAGGUACAGACAGCAAGAAAGAGAGAGACUGCUUGCUAUGGGCCAAGAUUGGGACAGUGACAGUGCUCUACUAUCUCCUGACAUUGACCCUGAAUACCGCGCAUCAGAUGACCUUCCCAAGGGGCUUGGUCUGUCUGGCACUGAGACUGGCUUCUCCUUCCUCAAGCGCAAUAGUGAUUCAACCACCAACUCGGUUCCUUCUCAAGAUCCUUCCUCAUCAACGGCAACCUCAGUCGCCUCGCAAUCUAUUGGCACUGCCAUCUCUACUCCCGCAACGUUACCCAAGACAUCACCGAACCCUACUGGACCUGGACUGGAACGGUCUAUGACCAAGCGUCGUCUGUACGAACAAGGUCUCAAUCAACACAUCCAGGAUCAACAAGCCUCGACCAUGUCACGCUUGAACUCCAUCAACCAACGACAACGUGCUCCGACGCUACCAUCUGCUCUCAACCAUUCUAGAAGUAUUGGAAACCUUCAGGAUCGUCGCGCAUACAAACCGUAUACUCUAAACCAAACCACUAGUCCGCUACCCAGAAAUGGUAUUGCUCCUCUUAACACAUUGGUCGCAAAGGUAGCUUCCAGCACUUCCAGCCCAACUGUCGGCAGCUACCCACAAUCCCCUAUCAGCCCUGUCAUCCCUGAGACUCAAGAGUACCAAGUGUUGCACUCGGCUCUCGAGCAAGGUGAUCAUGGAAAGGCGACCGCUCUAGGCAUGUUCAACAAGCCAGCUCAACAGUUCGACGAGCAGCAGUAUCUCAAGCGACAGAUGCAAAUGGGUCAGGCAAAGAGCGAAUCUCCGGUUGAUACUCCAACUAAGUUGUCACCAAUCAGCCAGUCAGAAACACCCCAAGCUCCCGCAGAACAACCACCCCUCAGCAGAUCCAUGUCAAGAGAAGGUGCCACCUCAAGACAAGUGUCAGCAGAGCACCCUUCACAAGACUCUCGUCUGGCUCGCUUUGACUCCGCUAGACAGAACAACUUUUCCCGAUUCUCUCAGCGAUCACGUUCUCGCUCAGUCUCCAGACCAGAAGCUGCUGCUGCCGCUGCUCCUGAACCGCCGGUUAACGCCGCGCUCGCAGUCUUCCAGCGUGCUGCUAUGCAAAACCGUGUUGCUCACGGAGACUCACCGGAGCAAGCGGCAGUUGCAACAUUUGACAACAACAAUCGCACGUUCUUUGGUGAUAGCGACGACGAGAGUGAGGACGAGCCAAGAUUUGACCACACACGUCCAGCUUCUGCUGCUAGUCGUUACGGGGCCAACAACCAACCUCCUGCUUCACAACACCCUGCUCUCCGCAACGACUACAUUCCCGAGGUGGACGAGGAAGAAGAGGAACGCAAAGGAUUUCCCUUCCCUGAACCAUCCAUCAACAUCGCAUUCACUGAGGCUGGCGCUGAGGAGCCCGCAGAUAUCGACUCUCCUACAAUCGGCCCACAUGAAGGCAUUGGUGGCAUGAUCAGUCAGCAUUUGCGCAACAGAAGUGACGGAUCUUCCAUCUAUCCUCCUAAUCCACCAUACGCCGAUCGCGCCUCGACGAUUAGUCGAAACACCUAUUCAGAUCGCCGUCUCUCUGGCAACUCAAGCGCCUGGAAUCUUGACGAGCUUGACAACUACUACGGCGACCUUCCCUCGCGAGUCUCGACCAACUCGGCUACCACUGCUUCUCAAAGUCAAGGACUCACACCGCUCCCUCUGAAGACUAAUGGCUCAAGGCCAUCAACUUCUGACGAGAACGUUGCAAGCGCUCCAUGGCAACCACAGCACAACCGCGAUGCCAGCACUGCGACUCAAGCAGAACGCGACGCAUUUGCCAACGAACUUGAAGCUCGAAAGAGGGCCAUUCAAGAAAAGAUGAAGAGCAUUGUUGAAAGCGAAAGUCGUGGGACAAGUCCAGGCCCUAGCGCAAGCGGUGCUCUGAAGGCAUUCGGUAUGCUCAAAGCUAGGCCCAGUCAAGAGGCCAUGAACCUGAGACAGAUCAAUGGCUCGAGGCUCGGUCUGGGUCUUUCGGGGGCUCAUCCUAUCGAACGUAACCCAAGCUACGAGGACAAGCUAUCUCAAUCUACCAAUGCUGGUGCACAGUGGCCUCUCGGUCCUGGACCUGUGAUACCCAGUGCUAGACCACAGGCAGAUAGCGAGAUCGGUCGUACACCUCCACAGCAAGCGAGAGAAAGAUCACGAAACCGAUCAGGCUCUGAUGCUUCCCGAGCACGUUCACGGAGUCGUAACCGUGGCGAAAUUGGCACAGCUAUGAGUGGCGGCGCCGAAGCCCCACCCACGAUGCCUGUCCAGAGGCCCUCCCCUGAGAUCAACCAAUACAGGUCACCAUCUACAGAGCCCAGAGGUCGCAUGAGAAGCAACAGCAGAGCUGCAGGUCUGCACCCUAGCGCAAGACCACCCAUGGGUCCAUCGCCCUCGCAUUCAUCAGCAAGUUUCAACUCAGUCAUGUCUCCUCCUCUGAGUACCUCCUCAUCAAUGUCAAGAGCGCCAUUCUCGAAGCAAGCUCCUCCAGUCUUGCCUUCUGUGCCUCUUGGCAAGCCCAGAGGAGAAACGUUGCGUAAGAAGACCAUCAACAAGUUCGACAUUUCGGAGCCCACACUUGUUUCGUCCACAUCCAAUAUCGAUACUGUCGAUUUGCCUCCUGGAGCUUCGCUUAAGAAUGGCAUGGACGAGAUCUAUGCGGUUGAGCAGGCAGCAGUGGUCUCUCGUCGACGCAAGUUGUUUGGCUUUGGCAGAGAAGGCUCGUCUGACAGAGAGAAGACGCCUGAGAGUGUCAUGUCGCCNCCCUUGAAUGGGUUCACCUCACCGCCUAUGCGAUCGAUUGUGCCAUCGUUCGGAUCUCAGGAGCACACGGGUUCGCGCAAGCCUUCUGCUGAGGCUACCAGCGCUCAACAUCAACCACUUCGCAUGAAGCAGAGCUUCGAGACCAGCCACACAACACACACCACUCAAACAGCAGCAAGUAGCGCUCGCUUUGAUGCAGUCGGCUCACCUGUCCUCAAUGAGGCAGGCAUGUUUUAA